AUGAAGGGUCGGCUGCGAACCAAAGUAUGGUGGCCGAAGAUCGACAAGGAUGCGGAGAACAUGGUCAAGGGAUGUAAGGGUUGUACACUCGUCUCAGCGCCAAACCCCCCCAAUCCGAUGAAACGACGCGAACUUCCACUUGAGCCAUGGGUUGAUGUGUCUCUCGACUUCUUGGGGCCUCUACCAAGCAAGGACUACAUUUUUAUAAUAGUAGACUACUACAGUAGGUACAAAGAAAUAAAAAUCAUGAAAAGUAUCACUACUGAGGACACAGUUAAAGUCCUGAAGGAAAUAUUCUCUAGUCUUGGCUUCCCAUCGACAAUUACUUCUGAUAAUGGACCCCAAUUCAGAAGCGAUGAAUUCGCACAAUUUUGCAAACAGUGCGGCAUCGUUCAUCUAACUUCUAUUCCUUAUUGGGCUCAAAUGAACGGAGAAGUAGAACGUCAGAAUAGAAGUGUUCUAAAAAGACUCAAGAUAAGUCAAAUUGAAAGAAAAGAUCGGAAGUUAGACCUACUAGACUAUUUGAUGAUGCAUAACAGUACUCCUAAUACUACUACUGGAAAAACACCUUCAGAAUUGUUUUAUCGAAGAAUAUUUCGAGACAAGAUACCUAACAUUACAGAUUUGGAAAAAAAUAUGAUAAUAGAUGAAGAAAUGAGAGAUAAAGAUAAGGAACAAAAAGAAAAAGGUAAAAUGUACGGUGAUCGGAAGAGGCAUGCAACUGAAUGUGACUUGCAAGUAGGAGAACAGGUGUACGUAACAAAUAUGUUUAAAACAAACAAGCUGACAUCAAACUUCAAUCCAGAACCGCACACUGUUACUGAUGUAAAAGAUGGAGAUAUACAAGUAAAAAAUAAUUCGACUGGCCAAGAAUCACGACGCAAUAUUGUCCAUCUUAAAAAAAUAAACGGAGUUUGGGGCACGGUGAAUGACACAAGAAAUAAAGGAAAUCAAACGCUAGAGGAAGAAAAAAUUCAGGAUCUAAAUCAAUAA